AUGGGUGAAGGUUACAUGAAAAAGGUUCGAGAUACUGCGAAUUCUUGGAGGCAAAUAUACCUAAUGGAAUUAGCUCUCUAUGCUGAUACUAUCACUAUAGACUAUGACCUAUGGAGGCAACGACGAGUGAAGAGUCAAGUAACCCCAUCAAUUGAUGAAGCUUGCCAGAAUCCGUUCUUAGAGAAAAUCCCAUCCGAGCUAGAAAUUGCAAAACAUGAAUUUGAACGUGAAAAAGCCAAUCUUUUGCGAGAUAUUAGUUCUCUCCAGGAGGAGAACUACCAGUUGAAGAUUGAUGUCGAAAUUGAAAAAUCCAGAACCGAAAAAGUCCAAAAAGAGGUUGAAGUUACGAGAAAGGAUUUAAGGGACCUUCAUUUGGAAAACAAGAAAUUAAGGGGCACUAUAAGAAAUAGUGGAUUGGGCAAAGCAUCAGCAGAAUGGAAGGAGGAAUUAAGCAAUAUCAAAGGUGGGAUGGAAUUCUGGAAAGCCAAAGCGAAGAAAGAAGAAGAAAAAGCUGCACGUAUUAUGAUAGAGUUGAGGAAGAAGAACGUUGAAUACGAAACUGUGACUGCAGAACUAACGGCUAGUCAAUCUGAGCAUCAAGAGCUAAAAGGAAAAAUUCGAAGUCUAGAAAAAGAGAAGAAUGGUCAGCAUGACAGAGACGUUUGCGCCUAUGAAAGAGCCCUCCAAGAAAAGGAUAUGCAUAUUGGCAGUUUGAUCAAUGAAAUUCGUAGGGCGGCUGCGCAUGUAGUACAUUUGUCAGAUGAAGCGGAAGUUCUCAGUUGCCAAUACCCUCCAAGCCAAAGAUCAAGCAUAUCAGAGUUCCUGGAACGUAUAAAGAAGCAAGGCGAUGAUGGAAAGGAUGGAAAGAACCCAAAGAGAGUUGCAGGAGCAACUGGCCAAGUCGCAGCAAGAGGCAAGAGAUUUGAUGGUGAGAUCUCGAGAGGAAUCGCUCGAGCAAAGAGAUCAAAUCGCCCUGAUGUCGUAGAGCCGCCUCAGUCAAGAGCUAAUCAAGACCCACUUUAUCCCCCGGGAUUUACUCCACCUCAUGUCCACGCAAUGCAAAGAGGAUACCCCCAAAGGGAACCUACAGGCCUGGAACAACAUCCCGCUCCAUCUGCUCAUUUAGGACAAGGAAUGUUUGUAUCGAACCCUGGGGCUAAUCCUUCAGAUUCAAUUGUUCCAGACCUAGAUGAUCCUGUAGAAGUAGCAAGGCUGAGAAUUGAUGACAAUAACGCUCAGGAUAAGUAUAGGAUCCUGGAAGAGAGGAUCAAGGCAGUAAAAGGCGCUGAAGUUUUCUCUGCUUUGAGUGCCAAAAAGCUCAGUUUGGUACAUAAUUUGGUCCUACCCCCAAAAUUUAAGGCACCUGAUUUUGAGAAGUAUGACGGAACAAGAUGUCUAAAGGCGCAUCUGAUCAUGUUUUGCCGAAAGAUGACUGGUUAUGUAAACGAUGAUAAAUUGUUGGUGCAUUGCUUUCAAGAUAGUUUGGUUGGCUCAGCCCUUCGAUGGUAUAAUCAACUCAGUAGAGAGAGAAUCUGAUCAUGGAAGGAUUUGGCUUCAGCAUUUUGUGAGCAAUAUAGGCAUGUAUCAGAUAUGGUGCCUGAUCGACUAACUUUACAAAUGAUGGAAAAGAAGCCGACAGAGACUUUUCGGCAAUAUGCACAAAGAUGGAGGGAUAUCCCGGUUCAGGUAGAGCCUCCGUUAACUAAGACAGAGAUAACGGUCCUCUUCAUUAAUACUCUCAAAGCGCCAUUUUACGAUAAACUGGUAGGAAGCGCCACAAAGGACUUUGUGGAUAUUGUAAUAUCCGGGGAACUUAUCGAAAACGCCAUCAAGAGUGGGAGAAUGGAAGGCCCCGAGAGUUCGAAGAGGGCGGUUCCUGUAAAGAAAAAGGAGGCAGAGGCCCAUAUGGUUGGAACCGAGAGCCACUCACCUCCGUCUUACCCUGUUUAUGCUGUGAAUAACCAAAGGCCAUUCACCGUGUUCCCGCAAAACACCAUGCCUUCACAAAGCCAACCCAAAAAUGAACAAAGACCAGCAAGACCCAAUCCUGAAAGACCUCAGUUUACUCCAAUUCCUGUAUCAUAUGAAGAGUUAUACCCGAAGCUGUUGGAAAAACAAUUAAUUUCCCCACAUUACAAGGCACCCCUGAAGCCUCCAUUUCCGAAGUGGUAUGAUCCUAACGCUAAUUGCAUGUAUCACGCUGGAAAUCAGGGGCAUUCUACAGAAAACUGCCUUGCCUUUAAAAGGAGGGUUCAAGGUCUCAUCGAUGCUGGUGUUCUGCGAUUCGAUGGUGUUAGCAAUGUGACGGGAAAUCCUCUUCCUAACCAUACUAGUAGCAAUGUAAAUGCGGUGACAAAUGAAGACUUGGCGAGCCAAAGUUCAUGUUACCGAAGUAAGGACACCUUUGCGGAAGGGCAUGAUAUCCAAUCUUGCAAGGAAUUUAGAAAAUUACUUCAGGACAUGAUGGAUAACAAAGAGAUCAAGGUCCUUGAUAGUGUGGAGAGGGCCGAAGAAGGAGAAAUAUGUGCCUCUGAUAAUCAAUUGAUGGUUCUCCCUUAUAGCGUCGAUAGACCUUUGGUGAUUUAUUACGAGGCGAAGAAAGAAGAGGUUAGUCGAGAAGUGAAACCAAGUUUGAUAAUCGAAGUACCUGCUCCUUUCCCUUACAAGGACAACAAGGCAGUGCCGUGGAAGUAUGAUGUCAAUAUCGUUGUGCCUGAAGGUGAAAAGUCAAAAGUGAUGAAUGAAGAUGUCAGCGGAGUAGGACAUUUUACUCGCAGCGGAAGGUGUUAUUCUCCCGAGACAGUUGAACCAAAGAAGAAGGUUGCUGGCCCGAGCCAAAAAGGAAAAUCACCAAUGUAUGAGGUUGAGGAUGAUGUUGAAACACAACUUGAGCAAGAAGUUAAAAAGGCUGUGAAUGAGGAGGAAGCACAUGAGUUCUUAAAGUUUAUCAAGCACAGUGAAUAUAGCGUUGUAGAACAAUUAAACAAGCAGCCAGCCCGAAUCUCGGUACUGUCUCUAUUGUUAAACUCAGCGCCACAUCGAAAUGCCUUGCUAAAAGUGUUAAAUCAAGCUUAUGUGGCGAACAAUGUAUCUGUGGAAAAACUUGAUAGGUGGGCAAACAAUCUGAAUGCAGAUAAUUUCAUAUCUUUUAGUGAUGACGAAAUACCGCCAAAUGGUAGGGGCUCCGUAAAAGCAUUGUACAUCACAACCAAUUGCAAAGGUUACAUAUUACCAAAUGUGCUCAUCGACAAUGGAUCUGCACUCAAUGUUAUGCCUUUGACCACGCUUUCUAGGAUGCCGGUUGAUAUGUCCUAUCUGAGGCCUUGUCAUUCUGUAGUAAGGGCAUUUGAUGGGACACGGCGAGAAGUCAUGGGAAAGAUCAAAAUUCCUUUAAAAGUGGGGCCAUGUGUAUAUGAUAUCGAGUUCCAGGUCAUGGACAUCACGCCUUCAUACAAUUGCCUCUUAGGAAGACCUUGGAUCCAUUCUGCUGGGGCGGUUCCAUCGUCUCUCCAUCAAAAAGUAAAGUUUAUCAUGGAUAGCCGCUUGAUUAUUGUCGAUGGUGAAGAAGACAUCGUUGCAUCGAUCUCUGCUGAUACACCCUACAUCGAAGUAAGCGAAGAUGCUGUAGAAUGUUCUUUUCGCUCCUUGGAAUUUAUUAAUGCGGCAUUUGUCACUGAAGGGAAUAAGAUCCCCAUUCCCAAACUGUCAAGGAAUACCAAGAUGGGAAUUAAGCUGACUGUGGGAAAAGGAGCUCGGGCGAGGAAAGGUUUGGGAAAAUAUCAACAAGGGAUGAAAGAUCAAGAAAGAAGAGUUGCAAGAGCUUCAGGCAAGGAUUUAGAAUGGGAGUCGUUGGCGUAUCCUCCUAUGUCAAGAACAUUUACAUCAGCAGGAGUGAUGUACCCAGGGCGGGACAAUCCGCAAGUCACAUUAUUGAUUAAAAAAGGUCUCCAGAAUAUCAGCCUAAAUGCUAUUGACAAUGAGAGUGAUGCAAUUAAGAAUGCUUCAAUGAUACGCCCUUGUCCUCCAGGAUAUGUUUUGAACAACUGGACUGCUGUGGACCUCCUUGUAGUUUCUAAGUCCCCUUCAGAGUGUUCAGAUAUCAAUGAUUGUGUCUCGUCUCCUGACUUACUGAAAAUGGUGGAACAAGAAGAGAAACAAAUCCUACCCCAUCAAGAAUCUGUUGAGGUAGUGAACUUGGGGAGUGAAGAAGAGAAACAAGAAGUAAAGAUUGGGACUUCCAUUUCAGAAAACACAAGGCAAGAUUUGAUCGCCUUGCUCCAUGAAUACAAGGAUGUGUUUGCCUAGUCUUAUCAUGAUAUGCCAGGAUUGAACACGGAUAUUGUGGUCCACAAGCUCCCACUGAAACCAGAAUGCAAGCCCGUUCAGCAGAAAUUAAGAAGGAUGAGACCGAAUCUCAUUAAAGAUAAAGAAGAAGUCAAGAAACAAUUUGACGCUGGUUUCCUACAAGUCUCAAAAUAUCCAGAAUGGGUAGCUAAUAUAGUCCCAGUGCCGAAGAAAGAUGGCAAGGUGCGAAUGUGCGUGGAUUAUCGUGAUCUGAAUCAAGCAAGCCCUAAGGAUAACUUUCCUUUACCGCACAUCGACACUUUGGUGGAUAAUACGACAAAGCAUUCUCUGUUUUCUUUCAUGGAUGGUUUCUCAGGAUAUAAUCAGAUAAAGAUGGCUCCCGAAGACAUGGAGAAAACUACAUUCAUAACAAUGUGGGGAACCUUCUGCUACAAGGUAAUGCCGUUCGGAUUAAAGAAUGCUGGGGCAACAUAUCGGAGAGCCAUGGUGACGUUAUUCCAUGAUAUGAUGCACAAAGAAAUAGAAGUUUAUGUCGAUGAUAUGAUUGCCAAAUCUCGGGAAGAAAGAGAGCAUGUUGGGAGUCUUAAGAAGCUGUUUGAAAGAUUAAGAAAGUUCCAGUUGAAGCUUAACCCGGCCAAAUAUACAUUUGGGGCUACCUCAGGAAAACUGCUAGGUUUCAUCGUUAGUGAAAGAGGUAUCGAGGUUGAUCCAGAUAAGAUAAAAGCUAUACAAGAAUUGCCUCCCCCGCGUACACAAAAGGAAGUCAGAGGUUUUUUAGGAAGGUUGAAUUACAUUGCUCGAUUCAUUGCUCAACUUACCAAUCAGUGUGACCCAAUUUUUCGACUCCUUCGAAAACGUAAUCCGGGAGAAUGGAACGAGGAGUGCCAAGUGGCCUUCGACAAGGUAAAACAGUAUCUAUCUAAUCCUCCUGUGCUAGUACCGCUGACCCCUGGAAAACCCUUAAUAUUGUACCUGACCGUGUUUGAAAACUCAAUGGGUUGCGUACUUGGACAACAUGAUGAGUCGGGGAAAAGAGAGAAGGCAAUUUACUACCUCAGCAAGAAGUUCACAGAAUAUGAGGCAAAGUACCCUUCAAUUGAGAAGUUUUGUUGUGCAUUGAUUUGGACGGUUCGAAGGCUCAGGCAAUACAUGUUGUAUCACACGACAUGGUUAAUUUCAAAACUGGACCCAAUAAAGUACAUGAUGGAGUCACCUGCACUCUCAGGGAGAAUGGCCCGAUUGCAGAUCCUAUUGACUAAGUAUGACAUUGUAUAUGUGAGCCAAAAGUCGAUAAAAGGAAGCGCAAUAGCUGACUUCUUGGCAAGUCGAACAACAGAGGAAUACGAGCCUUUGAGAUUUGAGUUCCCAGAUGAAGAUUUGAUGUGCAUUUCAGAAAAAGAGGGCGAGUCAUCAAAAGGAAAGUCAUGGAAGAUGAGCUUUGAUGGUGCAUCAAAUGCAUUGGGGCAUGGGAUAGGAGCAGUCUUAGUGUCACCUGAAGGGGAUCAUUACCCGCUUACUGCUAGAUUGAAUUUCUUCUGUACAAAUAAUAUAGUGGAAUAUGAGGCUUGCAUCAUGGGACUUCGUGCAGCUAACAAGAGAAAAAUCAAAAUUUUAGAGGUACACGGGGACUCGGCAUUAGUCAUUUAUCAAAUUCGUAGAGAUUGGGAAGUGAGAGAUCCAAGAUUAGUCAAAUAUCAUGAUCUCGUUGCAGAGCUGAUCAAGGAGUUCUAUAAAGUGACUUUUAACUACUUUCCACGAGAGUAGAACCAACUGGCUGAUGCCCUAGCCACCUUGGCUUCGAUGUUCAAGGCAAACAGAGAAAAUGAGAUAAUGCCCAUCCAAAUGAGCAUAUAUGAGACCCCCGCACACUGCUUUAGUAUCGAGGAUGAGUCAGAUGGACGACCAUGGUUCCAUGAUAUCUUGGAGUAUAUCAAGAAUCAAAGGUACCCCGAGCAAGCAAACGAGAAUGACAAAAGAACAAUCAGGAGAAUGGCGAUUGGAUUUGUUCUUGACGGGGAUAUUCUAUACAAAAGGGGAAAAGAUCAAGUGCUCUUGAGGUGCGUGGACGCUGUUGAAGCUAGAAAGAUACUUGAAGAGGUUCAUGAAGGAAUUUGUGGAACACAUGCCAGUGGUUUCACCAUGGCCAGGCAGAUUAUGAGACUUGGUUAUUAUUGACUGACGAUGGAAAGGGAUUGCAUUGGUUACGCACGAAAGUGCCACAAAUGUCAAAUUUAUGGCGACAAAAUUCAUGCAACUCCGUCGCCCCUUCAUGUCAUGACUUCUCCGUGGCCUUUUUCUAUGUGGGGCAUGGAUGUUAUAGGGUCAAUUUCCCCGAAGGCUUCCAAUGGGCAUCGAUUCAUCUUUGUGGUUAUAGACUACUUCACAAAAUGGGUAGAAGCCACUUCAUUUGCUAAUGUGACAAAGGCUGCAGUCUGUAGGUUCUUAAAAAAAGAGAUUAUUUGUCGAUAUGGUCUGCCUGAAAGAAUCAUUUCAGAUAAUGCUUUAAAUUUGAACAACAAGAUAAUGAAAGAAGUAUGUGAGCAAUUCCAGAUAAAACAUCAUAAUUCUUCGCCCUAUCGCCCAAAGAUGAACGAAGCAGUAGAAGCCGCUAAUAAGAACAUUAAGAGGAUUAUUGGGAAGAUGACUGAGACAUAUAAAGACUGGCACGAUAAGCUACCAUUCGCUGUGUACGCAUAUCGCACCUCGGUACGGACGUCUACGGGGGCAACUCCUUUUUCUCUGGUCUAUGGAAUGGAAGCCGUUCUGCCUAUCGAAGUAGAGAUCCCAUCCCUGCGCGUCUUGAUGGAGACAAGGUUAGAGGAAUCAGAGUGGGUUCGAGCUCGAUAUGAUCAGCUAAACCUUAUUGAAGGGAAAUGCUUGAAGGCAAAUUGUCAUGGACAGAUGUACCAGAAGAGAAUGAUUACGGCCCAUGAUAAAAAGGUGCGGCCAAGAGAAUUUCACGAAGGAGAGCUCGUACUGAGAAAGAUUCUCCCGAUACAGAAGGACUUUCGAGGAAAAUGGUCACCAAAUUGGGAAGGACCAUACGUUGUAAAGAGGGCAUUCUCAGGAGGGGCUCUGAUUCUCACUGAGAUGGACGGGAAAGAAUUACCUAAUCCAGUGAACUCAGAUGCUGUGAAGAAAUAUUAUGCCUAA